CUCUUUUUCACUUGUUGGACUGUUGGUAAAUGAUUUUUCUGAUGCAAGAUGAUUAAUCGGCUGUCGGUAUUAGGUGGCGAGUGCUGACGAGCCGGAAAGCUUGGCCGAAGCUGAACAGCUUCUCAACCAACACUCGGUGAUCAAAGAGGAGAUCGACGGGUAUGCGGAUGAUUACUCGAAAAUGCGAUUGAUGGGAGAUCGCGUUACGCAGGAUCAGACAGAUCCUCAAUAUUUGUUUUUGAAGCAGCGACUUGACGGACUGCAAGAAGGUUGGGAAGAGCUGCACCGCAUGUGGGACAACCGGCAGAACAUGUUGUCGCAGGCGUUGAAUCUACAGAUGUUCUUGCGCGACGCGAAACAGGCCGAGGUGUUGCUUAGCCAGCAAGAAAACUAUCUGACGAAAGAAGAAUCGCCGACGUCCCUGGAACAGGCCGAAAAUUUAUUGAAGCGCCACAACGACUUUUUGACUACGCUGGAUGCCAGCGACGAGAAGAUUCGUGCGGUGAUCGUUUUCGGCGACCAGUUGUGCGACGAGGGUCACUACGCCGCAGACCGCAUUCACAAGAAGGUGUCGAACAUUCAAGAACGACGGAACGCCAAUCGCGAAAAAGCCGCUUCGUUGACCGACAAGUUCAAAGAGAUGUUGCAGUUACAGCAGUUCCUCAGCGACUGCGAGGAACUGCGCGAAUGGAUCGAAGAGAAGAUGAUCCGUGCCCAAGACGAAACUUAUCGCGACGCGAAGACCAUUCAUAGCAAGUUCUUGCGUCACCAAGCGUUUGAAGCCGAAAUUCAGUCGAACAAGGAGCGCCUCGAGCAACUGCAGGAGGCAUGCGUGCGACUGCUGGCCGAAAAGCCUGAGCUGUCGACCGUGGUGGAUACCCACGUCGGCGAACUGACCGCCCAGUGGCAGGAUUUGGAAGAGACCACGAAAGAAAAGGGCCAGAAACUGUUCGACGCCAAUCGCCAGGCGAUCUACGUGCAGACAUGCCAGGACAUGGACGAAUGGGUGGAGGCACUAGAAAAACAGAUAGAACUCGACCACUCCGGCCAGGACUUGACGACGGUGAACGUGCUGAUGCAGAAACAUCAGCUGAUCGAGAACGAGAUGCUGAAGCGCUCACAGCAGGUAUGUCAACUGCAAGCGAUGGAGCCACAGCUGGAGGAACUGCACCCUGAAGAGAUUGAAGAAAUAAAAGCGCAUCGAUUGACCCUCGAAGAGAAGUUCAACCGAUUGCAAGGUCCGCUCGAACAACGCCGACGCCAGCUGGAGCGCAAGAAGGAGGCGUUCCAGUUUCUGCGCGACGUCGAGGACGAGAAACUGUGGAUCGCCGACCGACAGCCGAUGGCGCGUUCGCCGAUGCUCGGGGACAACCUGUACGAGUGUCAUCGGUUCCAGAAAAAGAAUCAGAGCUUGAGGUCUGAAAUCGAAAAUCACGAACCAUGGAUCCAAAGCGUGUGCGCGAACGGUCGCAAAUUGAUCGAGGAAAACCACGAAAACGCGCCCGAAUUCGAGGAGAAGAUCGACGAGCUGCUGCAGGCCUGGCAGGGCCUGAAAAACGACGUCGACAAGCGGUGCCGGAAGUUGGCCGAUUCCGAGAGAGCCCAUCAGGUACAC